AUGAUAGGAUUUAUUCUUGUGCAAAAGUACAAGGGUGGGUCUGCGAGUAUCCCACUGCGUAUAUUCAUGAAUCGCAACGUAUAUGGAGGGACGAUCUUCUCGUUCUUCUCGGGUGGCAGUAUUGCUGUUAUUCUGUAUUAUCUACCGCUAUGGUUUCAAGUCACCAAGAAUGCUUCGCCUUCGAAGUCAGGCGCUAUGCUGCUUCCCCUCGUACUUAGCAUUGCGGCUACAUCGCUUGCCAGCGGUAUUCUGGUGAAUAUAAUCGAGUACUACACCCCAUUCCUCAUCUUCGCAUCCGUCACGAUGUCAAUUGGCAGUGGCCUACUCACGACUCUAMAAGCCACAACGGCAACGUCAGCAUGGAUCGGAUACCAGAUCAUCUUCGGCAUAGGCGCAGGCAGCGGUAUGCAUCAAACCCUUUUUGCUAUACAGUCAUCAUUCUAUAGGUCUCGCGAUAUCGCUAGUUGUGCCGCGUUGAUGAUAUUCGCGCAAAUACUUGGAGCUGCCGUUGCUGUUGGCAUGUCGCAGAGCGUUUUGGAGAACAAACUCGUCAAUUGCAUCCUAGCAGCGGGAAUAAAUGGUGGUAGUGUCCCGUCAAUGCUUCAUACUGGAGCUACAGAUAUCAGAAAUGUGCUGUCAGGAGAGAAUCUUCGGACGGUACUGGGGUGUUAUACUCAUGCUAUUGAUCAGGCGUUUAAUAACACGAACGAAUCAAAACUUUACUCUGAUGGGUUGUCUAGCUCAACGGUGACGACCAAGCUCCUGACAGCGCCGCAUGCGACUUCUCGGGUAGAUUCCGGCGAGAACCCGACGGUUGCUGUACAGACUUUCGCGAAUGGGACGUGCGUUAUUCAGACUACUGCAUCGGAACAGAGAGUCGCGGUGUCAAAGGGCAGGCGUCGUUUACUGUUGAGGUUUCGAAACUUUGCUGGUAUAUCUGUAGGAAUCGCGAAUAGAAAACGCCGGAUGGCCUUUGAUCUGGUGUUCGGCAAGGAAGAUAUCCCAACCGGGCCAGGGAUAUACGUAUGCACUGCAAUUGAUGAAUCAAAAGAUAUUCCCUCGGCGUCCGCGGAGCGCGAACGUAUACUGUUGCCUCAUAGUCGUUAUGAAGCAGUUGGCAAGCUGGCAACGACACAUCCUACCAAUCGCAUCCCCAGCAGCCGCGAACUGCGGUUAAACCUAGAAGGAAUCCGCCACGUUCGGUACCUACCUGCCUGCUUUGAGAUACAGCUCAUCGACACUGUUGACUCUCAGUCAAUGGCACAGACACCAGCCCCCGGUGGUGCGGGCGCCAUUGCCGCAGCUCAAGAUCUGACGCGCCGUGUCGAAUCCGAGGUCCACGAAAAAGUUCAACACCAUGGAGGAGAAUCAAGUGAAUCAACAGACCAAGGCUCCCUUAACGAAAUGAAAGAGCAUGAAAGAGACGAAAUCACCUAUCUCGCACGUCAAAUAUCGCAAAUCUCUCGCCGAAGUAGCCUGCCGCCUGGAGAGCCUACUAAUUCGUUCCUUGAUACCACUACCGAUCCCGAGCUGGACCCCAAUUCGGACAGUUUUAAUCAGAAAAAAUGGGUCAAGAAUUUGUUGCAUAUUACAUCUCGCGAUCCCGAGACAUAUCCUCGCCGUACGGCUGGUGUGACCUUCCGAAAUUUGAAUGCAUAUGGAUUUGGAACUGCGGCGGAUUAUCAGGCCGAUGUGUUUAAUACGUGGUUGAAAGCGUUUGGUCAUAUGAGGGGGUGGUUGGGGUUGCGCAAAAAGAGACGCAUUGAUAUCUUGCGGAAUUUUGAAGGGUUGGUGAAAAGUGGUGAGAUGUUGGUUGUUCUGGGUCGGCCUGGAAGUGGCUGCUCGACGUUGCUGCGUACACUAUGUGGAGACACACACGGUCUUUGGCUCGACGAAGGAACCGACAUCCAGUACGAAGGAGUUUCAUAUGAAGAAAUGCACAGCCGAUUCCGUGGAGAGGUCAUCUACCAAGGCGAGCAGGAAAUCCACUUCCCCCAGAUGACAGCUGGAGACACCCUACUUUUCGCUGCCAGAGCUCGUGCUCCUGCCAAUCGACUUCCUGGUGUAAGCAGAGAACAGUACGCUGUUCACAUGCGCGACGUGGUCAUGGCAAUCCUGGGCCUAUCGCAUACAAAAAACACUCGAGUUGGAAAUGAGUAUAUUCGUGGUGUUUCCGGGGGUGAGCGCAAGCGCGUUAGUAUUGCCGAGACGACUUUAUGUGGUAGUCCUUUACAAUGUUGGGAUAAUAGUACGCGAGGUUUGGAUAGUGCAACUGCUCUUGAGUUUGUCCGUACUCUGCGGACUUCAACGAAGUAUUCCGGCUCGACCGGUAUCGUGGCUAUAUACCAAGCGGGUCAAGCUAUUUAUGAUAUAUUUGACAAAGCUAUUGUGCUUUACGAAGGUCGCCAAAUAUAUUUCGGUCGUGCUGACGAUGCCAAACGUUUCUUCUUUGACAUGGGCUUCCAUUGCCCCCCACGACAGACGACCGCCGAUUUCUUGACUUCCCUCACCAGUCCUGCGGAACGUGAAGUGCGUCCUGGUUUCGAAGGCCGAGUGCCCAACACACCAGACGAGUUUGCUGCUCGUUGGCGUGAAAGUCCAGAACGACAGGCUCUCAUUGCCGAAAUGGAAUCCUUCCAAGCCGCGCACCCACUAGGUGGCGAGAAAUACAAAGAGUUUACGGAAUCUCGCAAGAAAGAAAAAGCCAAAGGAACCCGCGCCUCUUCACCAUACACCUUGACAUACCCUAUGCAAGUCAAGCUCUGCUUCUGGCGUGGUACAAAACGGUUACAAGGUGAUAUGAGCAAUACUCUAGCUGCUGUCAUCGGCAACAUUGUCAUGUCAUUGAUUGUUUCCAGUAUGUUUUAUAACCUGCCGCACGAUACAAAUAGUUUCUACCAACGAUCUUCCCUGAUGUUCUUCGCUAUCCUUAUGAACGCAUUUGCAAGUGUCCUUGAAAUUCAAACUUUGUGGGACCAGCGACCUAUCGUCGAAAAGCACAAGAAAUAUGCGCUUUAUCAUCCAUCCGCAGAAGGUCUCAGUUCCAUGUUGGUCGACUUACCGGCCAAGAUUGUCAGUGCUGUUGUCUUCAACUUGAUCUUGUACUUCAUGACAGGUCUUCGUCGUACGGCGGGAGCAUUCUUCACAUUCUUCCUCUUCUCUUUCACGACAACUCUAACCAUGUCGAACCUAUUCCGUUUGAUUGGUUCUCUUUCACGUACCCAAGCGCAGGCUAUGGUACCCGCAGGUAUCUUCAUGCUGGGCCUCAUGAUCUACACUGGCUUCACAAUUCCCAUCAGUAGCAUGCAUCCCUGGUUCCGCUGGAUUAACUACAUCAAUCCGAUUGCAUACGCAUUUGAAAGUCUGAUGGUAAACGAGUUCGCCGACCGGGAGUGGGACUGCUCAAACUUCCUCCCUGCAGGUCCGACUUACAAGAAUCUACCAAGUCAAUCGUUCAUUUGUCAGGCAAAUGGUGCGGUCACUGGACAGGAUUUUGUUCAAGGAAAUGAUUACCUAGCAGCUACGUAUCAGUACUCUCGAAGCCAUCUGUGGCGCAACUUUGGUAUAUUAGUUGCAUUUUUUGUCUUUCUCCUUGGACUACUCGUUAUCGCCAGUGAGCUGGUCACUGCCAAACCAUCCAAAGGUGAAAUUCUAGUCUUUCCGCGCGGUAAGAUCCCUGCUUUCGCAAAGGAGAAGGGCACAACCGAAGACGCCGAAGCUCCAGCUCAGAAUAGCAGGCCUGCCGUCGAGAAAGAUGGUCACGACGAAGCUGCUGCUAUUGUUCGACAAACUUCCAUUUUCCAUUGGCAGGAUGUAUGCUACGAUAUCAAGAUCAAGGGUGAACCUCGAAGAAUCCUAGAUCAUGUCGAUGGUUGGGUGAAACCGGGGACGCUGACGGCGCUUAUGGGAGUUACCGGAGCUGGAAAGACGAGUUUACUAGAUGUUCUAGCAAAUCGUGUGACUGUUGGUGUUGUAACUGGUCAGAUGCUUGUUGAUGGUCGUCCACGUGAUUCCUCAUUCCAGAGGAAAACUGGGUACGUACAACAACAGGAUCUCCAUCUUGAGACUUCAACCGUUAGAGAAGCGCUGCGGUUUAGUGCUCUUCUUCGUCAGCCAGCUUCAGUGUCCAAGGAAGAGAAGUAUGCAUACGUUGAAGAAGUCAUUAAGAUGUUGGGUAUGGAUGAAUAUGCAGAAGCCGUCGUUGGUGUCCUUGGCGAGGGCCUCAACGUCGAACAACGCAAGCGAUUGACUAUUGGUGUUGAAAUUGCUGCCAAGCCUGAUUUGCUACUUUUCUUUGACGAGCCAACAUCCGGAUUGGACUCUCAGACUGCCUGGAGUAUCUGUCAAUUGAUGCGCAAACUCGCGAAUCACGGUCAAGCCAUUUUGUGUACCAUUCACCAACCGUCAGCUAUUCUGAUGCAAGAGUUCGACCGUCUAUUGUUCCUCGCGAAAGGAGGCCGAACAAUCUACUUCGGCGAUUUGGGCGACAACAUGGGCGAUCUCAUAAGCUACUUUGAGAGAAACGGUUCUUCCAAGUGUCCACCAUCGGCGAAUCCUGCUGAAUGGAUGUUGGAAGUUAUCGGUGCAGCACCUGGGUCAAAAGCGGACAAGGAUUGGGCUGAGGUGUGGAAGGCAAGCACGGAACGGGCUGCAGUUCGCGAGGAACUUGCGUUCAUGAAAUCGGAAUUAUUAGCCAAAGAGCGCCCUGGAAAUACUACGGGAUGGGCGGAAUUCGCUAUGCCGAUGUGGUAUCAGUUUUUGGUCAUUGUUCAUCGCAAUUUCCAGCAGUUUUGGCGUACGCCAGGGUAUAUCUAUGCUAAGAUGACGAUGAGUGUCAUUCCAACGCUAUUCAUUGGUUUCUCUUUCUGGAGAGCCGGAACCUCAAUUCAAGGCCUUGAAAAUCAAACCUUCGCCAUCUUCAUGUUCCUCACUCUGUUCCCUAAUCUGAGUCAACAAAUGAUGCCCUAUUUCGCACUCCAGCGUUCACUUUACGAGGUACGCGAACGGCCUAGCAAGGCUUAUUCAUGGAUAGCAUUCAUCCUCGCCUCAAUCGUGGUCGAAAUCCCCUGGAACUUAUUCAUGGCUGUCCCCGCGUUCUUUGUAUGGUAUUAUCCUAUUGGGUUAUAUCAGAAUGCGGAGCCAACGAAUAGCGUGAUCUCGAGAGGCGGAACGAUGUUCUUGAUCAUUUUGCUGUUUAUGCUAUUCACCUCCACAUUUACGAUGAUGGUUGUUGCAGGUAUAAAUGAUGCGGCUACAGCAGGGCAGAUUUCGCAGUUGAUGUUUUCCUUGUGUCUCGUGUUUUGCGGUGUCCUCGUCACUCCCGGUGCCCUCCCCGGCUUCUGGAUCUUCAUGUACCGCCUAUCACCCUUCACAUACAUGGUCAGCGCCGUUUUAUCCGUUGGGCUGGCCCAAACAGAUGUGAAAUGCUCCUCCAUUGAACUCCUAACAUUAUCCCCACCCACCCUCGGCGAGACAUGCCAGUCGUUCUUAUCAAACUACACAUCCUACGCUGGUGGACGAAUUAUAAAUCCCGACGCAACCGCAAACUGCCAGUUUUGCUCCCUAGCCACGACGGAUGACUUCCUCGCGGCGGAGAGUAUUUAUUUUAAGGAUCGGUGGAGAGAUAUUGGGAUUUUGUUUGCGUAUUGUGGAUUUAAUGUGAUCGCGGCGAUUGGGUUGUAUUGGUUGGCGAGGGUGCCCAAGGGCAAUAGAGUUAAGGAAGUGCCUGGAGGGGAAGGAAGCAACGAUGUUGCGAUGGUCAAAACGCAGAGUCAGAAGGAGGUUGACAAGGAGGUUAAAUGA